UCGCGAGUGAAGUGGUACUAUGGGAAAUGGACCACCUGUAAGGAGCUACCCGGAGCAGUGGGCCUAUCUUUUAAUCUUAUUUCCAGUUGACGCCUUCAAGGCAGUGGACUGAAUAUAUAAAAGAAAUAAUACGGACGGACUUAACUUGGCAUGAAAAUAGUAUACAAAAGUGAAGUAUAGGCGAUACAAUAUUUUGUAACAGACUACUGGCGCGCCUUGUGUUCAGAGAGUAGGCCUUUACGAUGUACUUGAGUCAAUUUUGUAUCGCUCUGGUUUUGCUUGUACAAUGUAAUGCGUUCACGUCUCUUACGAACGUACAAGUUCGCCAGACUACGACACGUCUUACCAGCUUGCUUACAGGUUACAAGGUUGGAUUGAGCAGGCCACUGAUUCCCGGGUCCGUGCGGCUGGCUUUCCACGAUUGUGUUGGAGGCUGCGACGGCUGUGUGAACCUCGACAACGCCGACAACUCCGGUCUGCAGACAACUGCAAGGGAACUAAACAAAGUAUACGACAACGAAGGUUUUAACAAGUUGAUGUCCCGUGCUGACUUUUGGGCUCUCGCCAGUGUUACCGCGCUCGACAUUGCUGCCGGUUUCCAAGAGUGCCAUACCGUUCUUUGUCUGUGGUUGCCCCGCCCAGAGAUAACUUUCCGCUGGGGACGAAAGGACUGUCCCACCUCCCCGUCCACGUCGCAGGUGAGAAGCUUCCCAGACGGACACGGGGACCUGUCCAGUGUCAAGUCUUUCGGCAACCAUACAUUCGGUUUAAAUCUCCGCGAGACAGUGGCUCUCCUUGGCGCGCAUACGCUUGGAACAGCCCAGAAAAACCAAUCCGGAUGGAACGGUAAAUGGGUGUGGAACCAACAUACCCUGAGUAACCUCUACUACCAAGAACUCAUCAGUAAGAGCCUGAGGAGGCCAUGGACCCAAAUAAAUGUCGGUAAGCGAUCUGACAGAUGGCAGUGGAACGCGCAGAGCAACGAGGGCGGCAAAGCCAAAGGUGGAACAAUUUUCAUGCUGAACACUGACAUGAGUUUGUACAAGGACAUAAAGGUUGACUCUCAAGGCCGCAGCAGUUGUCCAACAGCCGCAACUUGUGGAGCGUCAGAGACGGCGAGCAUCAUGGAAGAAUAUGCUGCCAACAACGCCCUCUGGAUGAAAGAAUUUUCAGCAGCUUUUGAAAAGAUGAUUUCCUACGGAUACGAUAACUUGGCGGUGCCAAACUAAGGCCACGACAGGAUAAUUUUUAACGAUCGUUCUUGAACUUUAAUUGUAUUGUGCAUUUUAGAUCACCCCAGUGAAUCACUUAAAAGGUCUGUUUUGAAUUUUCAAUAAGGUUUCCCAUUACAACGGUAAUUCCUAUUGU